AAAAGUGAGGUCUGACCUUACAGAAGAAAAUUUUGACCAUUUCCCCCCCCCCUCGUUGUUUUGCGUGUUCGUUUUCCCUAAGUGCCCUGUCACCAUGCGCCUGUUAAUGAAGAAUCUGUUCACCACCCCCUUCAUGUUAGCCAUCCUGUGUCAUUUCAUCGGCGGCAACCCCUCCUACGCUGGGGUAUGUUGGCUCCAACAAGGAAGAAAUGGAAAAUGCCAGGCUUUAUCCAUGACACGGAUUGAUCGAGAGGAGUGUUGCAGCAGUGGAAGUGCUCAAACUGCUUGGACAAGCCAUGAUAUCCCAGAGAAUGAUAUUUUAAAACUUAUAAUUCUCGGUGGAAUUAAUUGUUUCCCAUGCCACAAAUCUUGUGAGGGUGUGGAUUGUGGACCUGGGAAGAUUUGCAAAAUGAAUAAGCAUAACAAGCCAACGUGUAUCUGUGCACCUGACUGUUCCAAUGUUACAAAGAAAGUCCCUGUGUGUGGAACUGAUGGUAAAGUCUACAAGGAUGAAUGUGCUCUCCUUUUGGCAAAGUGCAGAGGACUGCCAGAGCUAGAAGUGCAAUAUCAAGGAGAAUGCAAAAAGUCGUGCACACAGGUUUCAUGCCCGGGUACCUCCAUGUGUGUGGUAGACCAAACUCACAGUGCACACUGCGUGAUGUGCAGAGUGAUGCCUUGUCCAGAACCAUUAUCAUUUGAGCAAGCUCUCUGUGGGAACAAUGGUAUUACCUAUCAUAGUGUGUGCCACCUGAGACGUGCCACUUGCUUACUGGGAAAAUCCAUUGGUGUUGCUCACUAUGGGAGAUGCAACGCUUCCGCAGAAGGGGUCAAGCAAAAAGGAGACAAUCAAGAAAAUACGGUGUUUUCGAAACUUCUCCUUGGAUGGUAGUUUAUAGUGAAUCAAGAAGUUGUUAUAAUCAGAGAAGGAAAAGACAUUGGGGCAGAAAUUCCUCUGGGCAUUAGAGUAGUGCCUUUACUGUGUCAGCAUUAAUGCAUAAGUUAUUUGACGUGUUAGUGCUAUCAAAAUAUCCACUGAUUUCUUCCUUUCACUAAUGUGACUGGUUUGUCAUCAUGUGUUAAUGCACAGAUUAAGGCUGAAGACUUUUCACUACCAAGGGCUCACUGAGGCACAACUAAAGUGGCUUGUGCAAAAAUAUUCAUGUUAGAUUUCAUGUUUAACCUUUUAAUUAUAAGAACUGGUGCUAAAGUAGCUGAGUAUUGGAUAUGAUUCAGCAGGAGUUGUCAUAAAGCAUGUUUCUGUGCACACAAUGACAUGGGGUUUGCAUAAAGUGUGACACAGAUAACAAUGGAGGAAGUGCAGGAGCAAAUGUCUUGGGAGGUUCAAGGGUACCAUAACUUUGUAUUGCUAUGUCACCGCCCAGGUCUCCCAGGUAUCCAUUAAUUGAUUUAAGAACAGACCAUCAAAUUUACAUAAAACUAAUGCUACAAAAUUUAUGUAAAAUUAAUCCCUUCAACAUGGUUAUGUGAAUUGUAGCUGCUAGUGUACUAAAGGUAAUCUUAUGGGCCCAAUUUGCAGUAACAACUUUCAUGAGAGAUGAUCCCUCAGUACUUGGGGAUUUCCAUGUAGAUGUUGGGAAUGGAGGUGUACAGAACAGAAACAGAUUCUUUGGUCCAACUUGUCCGUGCUGACCAGAUAUCCUAAAUUAAUCUAAUCCCAUAUGCCAGCAACUUGGCCCUUAACCCUCUAAACCCUUCCUAUUCAUAUACCCAUCCAGAUGCCUUUUAAAUGUUAUAAUUGUACAAGCCCACACACUUCCUCGGGUGGCUCAUUCCAUAGGCGUGACAUUCUCUGCGUGAAAAUGUUGCCCCUUAGGUCCCUUUUAAAUCUUUUCCCUCUUACCCUAAACCUUUGCCCUCUAGUUUUGGACUCCUCUACCCUUGGGAAGAGACCUUGGUUACUCAUGCUUUCCACAUUCCUCAUGGUUUUGGAUACCUCUGAAACUAACUCAAAUAUAUACUUCUGGGCUGUACAGGCCCAUGAUGCUAAAGUACCAAACAUAACUCAAAUUACCCAUCUAAACAUGCGCAGAUAGAUGGCCUUUGCCAUUUGGACUCCAAAUUCCCCAGGUAUCCAUUGACUAUUGAAAGAAUAGACCAUCAAAUUUAUAUAAAAUUAAAGUUAAUAAAUUUACAUAAAAUUAAUCCCUUCAGCAUGGUUGUGUGAAUUGUAGCGGUUCAUGUGCUGAAGAUAAUCUUGUGGACACAAAUUGCAGCAACAACAUUUAUGAGAGAUGAUCCCACUGUACUUGGGGAUUUCCACGCAGCUGUUAGGAAAGUUGCUUUCUAUCCUUAGCAGUUUAUUUCCAGUGUGGAAUAGAAUGGUAAACUUAUCAACUAUAGCCUACUCAGCAUCCACAGUGUUUUGCAAGGAGGCAAGAGACAAGAAUGUACAGAUUUCUUGCUUUUGUAACACUUUAUAUUUUAUAGCCAGCUUGGUGAGAUUAGAAUCACAGAGGAACAUAAUUGUAUUAUUUGCUAUCUAUCUGUUGGACAUCCAUCUAGUAACCAUCAACCACUUUUGGGAGAAUUAAAUACACCUACUUUACUCAUAUUCCGUGCUGAAAUAGAAACAGCAAAUGCUGAAGAAUUCAGCAUGUCUGUAAAUCAGAUAUUUAGCUGGAUUUUAAAUAAUCAAACAUAAUGGAACUUGCUUACCUUUUUCAAUUUAGGUACUGACUAGAUCCUCGGUCGUCUAUCCUGUGAUCCCUAUGAUGAUUUCCUUAAAAUAGAGUUAGUUACCGAGCAUAACCAAUCUACAGAUACUGCUAACCAUUGUAGGCUACUUUUGUUUGCAAAUAGGACCACUAUGCGCAUUGAAUGCAUGGACCUUGUGUAGUUGGAAGAUACAAUACACCAGAGUCAAUAACAUGUAACAUUAUGCAAUCGUUAACUAAAUGACUGCACUGCAAUGAUGUGGCUUAUAGUAUUAAUUCUGUCAGUUCUUAAUGCAUUAAUCAUUGUUGUGUUGUUCCUCAGUGGAUAGUGUUUUGUGCCGCAGAAUUAGAAGCUGUGGGUUCAAGUUCUACUCCAGAAACAUGAGCAUAUUAUCCAAGCUGACAGUCCAGUGCAAUUCUUGGAUAUUGCUGCAUUGUUAAAUCUGCCAUCCUUCCAAUGUAUUGUAAAACUGACGUGCACCCACUUAGUGGAAGUGGAAGUUCCCAUGGUGCACUGUUUUGAAGAAGGGCAAGUUAAUUCUUCCCUGUGUUGUUGGCCUGUCUUUAUCUCUUAAUUAAUAUCAUAGCAACAGAUUUUCCCUGGUCAUUAUUUUCCCUACAUUCACUUUUAUACAAUUCCUGAAUAUUCAUAGAAUCCCUACAGGAUGGAAGCAGGCCCUUCGUCCCAACAAGUCCACACUAAACCUCAGAGCAUCCUACCCAGACCCAUCCCCCUAUGACCCACCUAAUAUACACCCUCUACCUUCCUGACCACUACGGGCAAUUCAGCACCGCUGAUCCACCUAACCUGCACAUCUUUGGACUGUGGGAGGAAACCAGACCACCCAGAAUGUGAAAACGCCAGACAGGCAGCCACCCAAGGCUGGAAUCGAACCCAGGUCCCUGGCACUGUCAGGCAGCAGUGCUAACCACCAUGCCACUGUUCCUGCUUUACUAUCAAUGUUGCUGAUUUUCAAUGUUGUUGACUAAUUUUCUGUGUGUUCCAGUUUCACAAUGCCUUAAUUGUUGUGAGGAUUUGAAGUAGUAUUUAUAAAACUAAUUCAACAUACAGCUUCAUGUAUUCAGAUUUGGGCAUCUCACAUACAUUAUUGUUGCAUUUCUUGCAUUAGCCCAUGUGAUGGGUUGGAGGAACUAUAGACAUAGUGGGUUGUAAUUUUAUUACUGAUGCAGGUAGCUCCAAACAGGAAAUUUCCCAGCUUGGCAGAUCUCCUCGAUUUUAAAGGCCCCCAUAAUGUCCAAUUUUUGCUCCAAGGAGGUGCAGUGGAAAGAUUUUUAUGCAGCCAAACUGAGAUGUCAAUUAUAGAUGGCCACAGGGUAAGAGAGUGCUGAGGUGGGUUGGUUAGAAGCAAACAUUAAUUUUCCGGUACUUCAGUUGUUUUAGAAACUGUUAGCCAUCUGACCCCUCAUACCUCACAGCCCCUCACUUAUUCCCCAGGCCUUUUCUUUAUCAGUGCAUCCCCAUGCCAUGUUACACUACCAUGAUGACAGGCAUUCACCCAGUAUCUAUAAGAGAUAGGCUUUGGAAACCAUAUCACAAGAGGAAAAAAACAGCUAACAAUGUAGACUGCUCAAUCAUAUGUAUGAUACAGAAAAAUAACUCUCAUUCAUGAAAGCUAUUCAAAAAUUCUAAAUCCUCGCAUUCAAUUUGUUAUAAAAAGUUUUUUCUUCUCAACAGUAACCACAGCAAAGACAGCAAUUUCUAAAAUUGCCUUUUUGAACUGUAAGUCAAAAUGUGAACUCUGUCCCCAACCUCCCCCACACCCGAAACAAAGAAACCUACAGCACAGGAACAGGCCCUUCGGCCCUCCAAGCCUGCGCCGAUCAAGAUCCUCUGUCUAACCUGUCAUCUAUUUUCUAACGGUCUGUGUCCAUUUGCUCCCUGCCCAUCCAUGUACCUGUCCAAAUAUAUCUUAAAAGACGCUAACGUGUCUGCGUCUACCACCUCCGCUGGCAACGUGUUCCAAGCACCCACCACCCUCUGUGUAAAGAACUUUCCAUGCAUAUCUCCCUUAAACUUUCCUCCUCUCACUUUGAACUCAUGACCCGUAGUAAUUGAGUCCCCCACUCUGGGGAAAAAAGCUUUUUGCUAUCCACCCUGUCUAUACCCCUCAUGAUUUUGUAAACCUCAAUCAGGUCCCCCCUCAAUAUCCGUCUUACUAAUGAAAAUAAUCCUAAUCUAUUCAACCUCUCAACCCUCCAAAACUAUGAUCACAUUUAGGCUUUGAAAUGCUUCUGAAGCUUUUGAAACAGAGCCAAGUAUUCUUAAUGAUUAUUGCAAAAAAAAACACCCCUUGGAAAAUGCAAAGUUGAACUCAAUUGAAACAUCAGAAACAGAUGGUAAUGUUUCCUUAUUACAAAUCUACACCAGAUAGCCUGUUAAUCAAAGCAAUCCAGAGCUGUUGUUGAUUUUUAAACUCUGACAGCUUCACCUUGUUUUUCUUUUACCUUUAAAGAGGCAAUCAUGUAAAUAACUUAAGAUGAUAACAGCCCUUAUUGGACAUUCUAGAGAUGAGUUGAUUCCACUCCACAAAUUUGUGACUUUGACACUGUGGGUUCAGACCUAUGGAACAGUGAAAAUGAAGUCUAUUUGAACUCAACACUAAUUUCAAGUGACCCUGGUAGCAUUUUGACUGUGUGAGUGACACCAUUCCUUGACCUUUUCUCCCUGAAAACAAAAUGAGAUCAGCUGGAAAUGAGGGUGAGCUUCCACAUCAAGGUCCUACUUUUCAUUUGUAAUGGUCUCUGGUGUCAGCUCGGCUUUGCAAAAAUCCAGCCUUCCAUGCCUGGUGUGCCAUUUUACUUUUGUAAAUUGUGGACCUGGCUAGGAAAUUGCAGUCUACUGUGUCCAUUAACAAUCUGUUAUAAUCUCAUCAAUAGGACUUUAAGAUCUCAACUCCCUACCUAGAUGAAAAAUGCUACUUGCAUCACGUUUGGAUUGUCACUUUGUGCCAUUUAUUCUCCUUAUAUGCCAAUUUAGAUCAUUCUCAAUUGCCUCAGGAUCAUAAUUGCAAGUUUGGUUUUCUGAUAGACUUUCGACUGUGCAUUACCAGUGGUUCAUUCCUUCGUUACCUUUUUCGACUAAGACUGUACUUUCCCAUGAAUCCAGGAUAACAAAUAGAAGAUUUAUCACAUUCUUAGUGCACUGAGGAAUUUCAACCAUGCUAUGUUUAUAUUGUACAUACUCAUACCAUAUAUUUAUUGUAAGAGAAACAAUGAAGAAAAUACUCCAUUUUAUUUAUACCCUAUUAUUGUUUGCCAUAUCCAUCUGAUGUAAUUAUAAUUAUUUUUCUCAAAGUUUGCUACUUUUCAAACACAUUUCCAACUGUAAAAAUCGAUGUGUUUCAUAUUACACCACAGUAUUGUUAAGCCAUUUCAAACCUUAAACUAUCUACGUUUGGAAUAUAUUAUCAGUCAUGUAAGGUGAAAGGUGUACAUACUAAUGAACACUUUGAAGUUGAAAUUGCAUUGUGUGGCAAAUGUUUGACAAAAUUCUUUUAUAAAUUGAUCGAUAUGAUCAUGAAAUUGUGGGCAGAUUUAAAUAAAUGGUGUUGCAGCUCAUAUCACAGUGAAUUUUAACACACUUCAUUGUAGUAAUCUCCAAACCAACUUAAAUAUUUUGUCAUAACAAUGAAUUUUGUUUUUUAAUAUGCCAAUGUUAUUUUUAUUUUGUGAAAGAACAGGUUCUGCUUUGUAAGAAUUAUUGUCUGAAAUUUUAUGUCAAAUAUCAUUGGAAUGAAACGAUGCUGUGGGCUUACCUGAAGUUGCUUUGAUCACUAAUUUGUUCAGUAUUAACAAUUUGUUCAAAGUAACACCUUAAUGCUUCCACUAAACUAUUGGAGAGAAUUUUUUAUGCAAAAAUGUAAACAUACUAAUAAUAUAAUUGGAGAGUUGUCCCCGUAUCUUACACACUAAGGUUCAAAUACAGAACUUUUCAAUAGAUGAUUUUUUUGUAUGAAAAUUGUCACAUACAUGUGUUAGAAUGUAAAGUUUGCCAAAAGCAAGAGUAUAAUUUAGAUUUUCAAUUGUACCUUUUUACCUCUUUUCCCAACUAAUGAAGAUUUAUGCUUAAAAAUAUUUUUUCAAAAAUAAAACAACAUUGUACAUCACAAUGAAUGUAAAGUGUCAUCAUAUGGAAAAGAUCUAUGUUUAUGAAACAGUAUGAGGAGAACGGAUGUUGUUUUACUUUGUAUACUUUUGGUCAUCACAAAUAAAUACUAUCUGUAUGCAAUUGUCUUUGAAACUUUCGAAACUCUGGGUCACCCUACCGACUGUAAGAUAUGAACUUUUAAAAAGAUUUCCAAAUACAUUUCUAUAACAUGAAACCAUUCCCACAAUCAAAAAAUGUUGCUUUCUUAAUGGCCUCCAUUGUUUAGGGGGAAGUUUCCCAUCACUAUCCAGCUACUUCUAUUCAUUCCUCAUAAAAUUAUUGUGCACUGGCCAUGGAAAAGGCUUUGUAGUAAUGGUGAUUCAUGUGUGAGAGAGUGAACUGCAACACUAACCAAGGUAUUCUGGUGAUACUGGCAUUACCCCUGCGUUGUGGAAGAUAUCCCAGGUAUAUCCUAUUUGGAAGAAACUGGAGGAUAAAUACACAUCUGAGAAAUUGUCACUCAGUAUGUCAUUUCUCAAACACAGCAACAUGAUGGAAGGAACUAUUAACUGAUGAAAUGAGAUGCUCACUGAUGUUCAUUUUGGUUUAAAUUAGAAUACUGCAGAUGAGCCCUGAUCAAGGCAUGGAUGCAAGAGUUGAAUCUCAGAUGCAUUGAAAAUACUGUCCGGGCGCAUAAUAGCCUGUCAUGGCAACUGCUCUGUCCAGGACUGUAAGAAACUACAAAAGGUGGGAUUCAUGGACCAUCACGGAAGCCAACCUUCCAGUGAUGGACUCCAUUUACAUGGUUCGUUACAGUGGAAAGACUGCCAACAUCUCAAAGACCCAUCACAAAGACCUGGUAAUGAUCUCCUACAGCCUCUUCUGUCAGGCAGAAGAUACAGAAGCCUGAACACAUGCACGAGCAGGUUCAGGAACAGCUUCUUUCUGGCUGUUAUCAGACCGAUGAAUGGACUUUCUACCCUCAAAUAACAUUGACCUUGCCUACGUUGAUCUCACCUAAUGCAUGCCCUGUGCAAUGUAACCUGUAUGCCUCUGUCUAAGCCUUUUUUUUAAUCUAUGCAUCCUUUGGUAACUAUGAUCUGCCUGUACUGCUC